UCAUAAUAAUGAGUUUCUUAGAGAUAACAAUUUAAUACUGGAUGAAUUUAUUAUUUUAUAGUUCAUAUUUUUCAUUAUUUUAUCUGAGUUCCUUAAUUAUAUUUGUAUACAAUACUACAGACUAAGAUAAAGAAAAUUUUAUUUAUCUUUUUACAUUGUUAUCACCUUAAAUUAUCAGAUAAAAUGUGUUCAAGCGGUUUCAACAUACAUAUUUUUGUGAUGGGUUUAAUACUAAAUGAGUGAUGUGUCCAACAGGUCUGAUGGAAGAAAACUUCCUCGACGCCAGAGAUCUAUUUAUCAAAUCCACUACGGUCUGGAACCGCGAAGGGGUUCUGUGAUGGCGUCUCCGCUCCCAUUGCGGCGCUUCACGCGGCAGGUGGCGGGACAUAGCGGGGACGUGGCAGGAGGGAAAUACACAGGCCUUCUCCAAUGCAGCGACGGCACAAUCCUCAAGCCCAUACUGAAAGAGUCGCAGAAGAGAGAGGCCGAAUUCUACGAGAGAAUCACGUCUUCCAAUCGACCGGAUCUGGUUCAGCUCAGGAAGUUUAUGCCCAAGUAUUACGGCGUCAGGAAGUUUACUUACAACGGCUUCGAACAAGACUACAUCAUGCUGGAGGACCUCACGGACGGGAUGCUGGAGCCCUGCGUCAUGGACCUUAAGAUCGGCAGAAUCACUUACGAUCCAUACGCUUCCGUGGACAAGAUAAAGCGUGAAGAGAGCAAGUACACGCGCUGCAAGCAGCAGUACGGGUUCUGUAUACCAGGGUAUCAGGUGUACAGGGUGGGCGGACCCAGGGACGGGGAACUGGUCAGGGCGGGUAAGGAGCAGGGGAAGAUACUGUGCGGGGAACAGGUCGUCACAGUGAUCCGCUCGUUUCUGAACGCGAGUGCGGGCGCGGCGUGUCGUGUUCUGCUCCUUCAGCUGCUGGCAGCGCUGUGGGAGUUGCAGCGCUGCAUCUCGCGGGCCGGAGUGCUGCUCAGGUCGUCGUCGCUGUUGCUGGUGUACGACGCCUCCGCCCUCAGGGCGUGCUGCGGGGACAGUAGUGUCGCUCGCUGCCGCCCGCCCCGGUUGGCGCGGCGUCGCGCGGUGCCGAGCGUGUUUCCGUCGGGCGGCAGUAGUUUCAGUAGCCAGCUGUCGCAGCUGAGCCCGGUGUACCCCCGGCUGGGCGCGAGUCCCCCGGUGUCUCCGCGGACCCCGUCCCCUCCGGUGCUUUCGUCCUGGAGCGAGGCGCUCGCCCGCCUGGCCACCAGCCACUCCUUCGACAACAACUACCAGGAGAAGCUGAGCAGGAUGAAGCUGGAGUACCGCGCGCGCCUCGACCGCCUCGCCAACUGGAGCGGCGAGCGGCACCCGUGCGGAUCACUGCGGGUCGUGGACUUCGCGCACGCCUUCAUCCAGGACGAAGGGAACAUGAGGGUGGACGACAACUUCAAGGACGGCCUGGACAGCCUGGCCGACAUCCUCGAGGCGCUGCUCAAGGACACCGACGACCUCCUCUCCUAACCCCCCGAAUACUCUACGAGUGCCAACCACAUUUUCCUUAGAAUAUAUCCGUGACGAAGCCAAGUACGUGUUCCUCACUGUAUUAUACGACAGCUGGACAACAUUAUUGUGAGGGAGAUAUAUUUAAUUCUAGUUAGUAAAUGUUUGCUCAACUCCAAACCCCGCGGCUCCGCGCGGCGCGGCCGGGCCCGCGUGUGCUCCGCUCUGUACUUUCUGUAGUUUGUAAUAAAAGAGUUUAUAUGUCGUUUUCAUGUUAUAAA